AUGUCAGAGGAGGAAUUAUUAAGAAAGCAGCAGCAGAUUGAGCGGGACAUGCGCGUGUAUCAAGAGCGGUUUGAUCACGUGGCGAAGGCUCUAGCGGGGGAAACUCCGCACCAAAUUGAGGAGCGUAAGAAGCGCGAGGCAGAGCGACAAGAGCGACAGGAGAAGCGGUACGAGGCCAUGGAGACGCGUUUGCAGCAUCAGAUCGAGAGGUUCGAGGAGAGAGAAGAGCGACGCGCUCGAGUUCAAGCGAGACACCAUCGAGCGAGCAGAAGCCCACGACAACAUUCACACGACUUGGAAGGUUACCAAGAGAGCUAG